AUGGAUUCUUUAAUUCUGGAUAACGCUAUCCGAGGAACUAAUGAGGAUGCCGUGACAAGUAAACUCUCAGCUGUAAAUGCCGGAUAUAUACAAGACUCGUAUGUAAAAUACUUUGUGAAAAAACCGUCAAGACGACCGCCCAUUAUAAACAGAGGGACUUAUGUUCGAUACGCCGGUCUAGACGCCUUAAUAAAAAAGUUUCUAGAAGCGGGGAUUGGUAAUGAUAAUAAUGAUGAAGGGAAAAAAAAAGUCCCAAAAAUCAAGAAACAGAUAGUGUCACUUGGGGCUGGAUCAGAUACACGGUAUUUUAAUUUUAAGUCAAAAAAAUUACUGGAUAGUUUGUAUAAAUAUUUUGAAAUCGAUUACCCGGAAGUGACCGCUAAGAAAGUGGUUGUGAUAAGAAAGAAUAAGCAAUUGUCUGAAUUCUUUGAAGGAAAUGUUGAAUUGGGUUUGGGUGGUGCUGAACUUUACGCCUCAGAUUAUUGUCUGUUAUCUGGUGAUCUUAAAGAGUUCGUAGAGAGCAUAAUACCACGUAUGGAAAAACAAGGUUUCAAUAAAAGUCUUCCUACUUUAUUCCUUUCUGAAUGUGUACUUAUAUACAUGGAACCACAAGAUUCUGAUAAGAUAAUUCAAUGGAUUGGCGAUAAUAUGCAAGCUGCUUUAUUUGCCUUAUACGAGCAAAUCUUGCCAAAUGAUGCUUUUGGAGCCAUAAUGCUACAAAAUUUACGAUUACGAAAUAUAGAGUUACGCGGUAUUCACGCGUACCCGGAUCUCGAAAGUCAAAAAAAUCGUUUUUUGUCGCGUCAAUGGACUUUUGCCGAGGCAGUAGAUAUAAAUCAGAUUCACGAUCAUCAUAUCGAUCCACAGGAGAUGACAAGGAUUUCUAGACUGGAGAUACUUGAUGAACUUGAAGAAUGGCGUUUAUUGGCAGCUCAUUAUUGUAUCGCAUGGGCUUAUUCAGUUAAGGACGAAUCAAUGAAAGAAUUGCUCGAGCAAGUGCGAUCCAUUGAUUACCAAACUAAAUGA